AUCGGGUGACAUCACAAUGCCCGGGGGUGCCGGGUUCGGUUGAGUGGUCGCGGCUGCUGUUUGUUCCGCUGAGUCUCAGCUACCGACUCUCCUGUUUCUGCCGCUGCACCCACUGCAAAAGCGAGCGUUCACCCAGAGGCUGAGCGGCUGCUGCGAUGCGCUGGAAACUCCGCUGUCUUUUCCUGGCAGUAGCAUGGCUCUUCGUGGCCGCCUUUCCAACGCGCAGCGCUGCUUGCCCGAGCCGGUGCCUUUGUUUCCGCACUACGGUGAGGUGCAUGCAUCUCACGCUGGAGCACAUACCUGCUGUCUCCCCGCAGACGACUAUCUUGGAUUUGCGAUUCAAUAAAAUCAAAGAUAUCCCAUCUGGAGCUUUCAGACGUUUGAAGCACCUCAAUACACUACUGUUAAACAACAACCAAAUUAGGAGAAUACCCAGGGGUGCAUUUGAAGAUCUGGAGAACUUAAAAUAUCUCUAUUUGUACAAGAAUGAAAUCCAAUCACUUGACAGGCAAGCAUUUAAGGGACUUGUCUCUCUAGAACAACUGUAUCUCCACUUCAAUCAAAUAGAAUCUUUAGAACCUGAAUCCUUCAGUGACCUUCCAAAGCUUGAAAGGCUAUUUUUGCACAACAAUAGAUUGUCGCAGAUUUUGCCAAGAACAUUCAGUCAGUUAGAAUCAUUGAAAAGACUGAGAUUGGACUCAAAUAGCCUGAAUUGUAACUGCGAUCUAAUGUGGUUGGCGGAGAUGUUGCAGCAAUAUGCAGAAUCUGGUAACACACAAGCAGCAGCGACCUGUGAGUAUCCCAAAAGGCUACAGGGAAGGUCCGUUGCCACAGUUACUCCAGAGGAAUUUAACUGUGAAAAGCCACGAAUAACGACACAGCCACAGGAUGCAGAUGUGACAUCUGGAAACACUGUGUACUUUACCUGCAGAGCUGAGGGUAAUCCAAAACCUGAAAUAAUAUGGCUGCGGAACAAUAAUGCUUUAGAUAUGAAAUACAACCCACGCUUAAACCUACUGGAUGAUGGCACUUUAAUGAUCCAGAAUACUCAGGAGGAUGACCAAGGAGUUUAUCAAUGCAUGGCCAAAAAUGUAGCAGGAGAAGUGAAAACUCCUGAAGUUAUUCUUCGAUACUUUGAGAUACCAGCUCGGCCUGCCUUUGUAAUUCAACCACAAAAUACUGAAGUGUUGGUUGGUGAGAGUGUCACAUUGGAGUGCAGUGCAACUGGAAACCCACAGCCACGGAUCACCUGGAUGAGAAGUGAUGGAUCACCUUUACCCCAUGAUCCUCGUUAUACCAUAACUUCCUCAGGAGGACUGUACAUACAGAAUGUAGCCCAAGCAGAUGGUGGGCAAUAUACAUGUCAUGCAAACAACAACCAGGACUCCAUUCAAGCAAAUGCAUUCAUUAUAAUUAAAGCUCCACCUCAGUUUACGAUCUUGCCACAAGAUCAAACCAUUAUCGAGGGACAGACGGUGGAUUUUCAUUGUGAGGCUGAGGGUAACCCAGCACCAACGCUAACAUGGACUAAAGGAGGCAGUCCGCUUCCUGGGGAUACGCGACAUAUAAUCCUAUCCACAGGGACACUGAGGAUUUCCAAUGUUGCUCUUCCUGACGAAGGGCAGUACGAAUGUCAAGCUGAUAACAUUGUUGGUGCUCUCCGCGUUCCAGUCCAGCUGACCAUACAGCGCAGAGUAUCACUGGUCAUUACGAACACCCCAACUGAUCUGACCGUUGCUGCUGGGUCAGAUGUGCAGAUACCCUGUGGUUCUCAAGGGGAACCUGAGCCAACUGUAACAUGGAGUAAGGACGGAAUUCAGAUUACAGAGAGUGGAAAGUUCCACAUUAGCCCUGAAGGAUUCCUUUCAAUUCAUGACGUUGGACCUGCAGAUCAAGGACGAUAUCAGUGUGUUGCCAGGAACAGCAUUGAUCAUUCUGCAGCUAGUAUGGUGCUGACUGUGUUUGUCCCAGAUAUUGUUCGAAGUGGAGACACUUUUGUCGAGUCCUCAAUCAAAGAAGCCAUUCAAAGUGUUGACAGUGCCAUCAAUUCCACUCGUAGAGAUUUAUUUGAAAGAAGGCCUCAAACCCCAAAUGAACUGCUUGCCUUGUUUCGAUAUCCACGACUUCCAAUUGUUUUUGAUCUUGCAAGAGCAGGAGAAAUUUUUGAACGAACUCUGCAGCUCAUUCAGGAACAUGUCAACAAUGGACUGAUGGUUGAUCUGAAUGGAACAGGUUUUCGCUAUAAUGAACUUUUGUCUCCGAGGUUCUUGAACUUGGUGGCCAAUCUGUCUGGCUGCACUGCCCACCGCCGAAUCAAUAACUGCUCCGACAUUUGUUUUCAUCAGAAGUACCGAUCACAUGACGGAACGUGCAACAAUCUCCAGCACCCCAUGUGGGGAGCUUCUCUUACUGCCUUUGAGCGCCUCUUGAAACCAGUCUAUGAAAAUGGGUUCAAUCUGCCAAGAGGCAUUAAUCGUAACCAGUUUUACAAUGGAUUUCCUCUCCCUCUACCUCGUCUCAUUUCAACCUCUCUAGUCGGCACUGAGACCAUUACACCCGACGACCAGUACACACACAUGUUAAUGCAGUGGGGUCAGUUCCUUGACCACGACAUAGACCUCACCGUUGCAGCACUCAGCCUGUCUAGGUUUUCAGACGGUCAGCACUGCAGUUCCGUCUGCACAAAUGAUCCACCGUGCUUUCCCAUCCUGGUUCCUCAAAAUGACCCCAGAGUGCGUAAUGGAGCACGAUGCAUGUUCUUCGUGCGCUCUAGCCCCGUCUGUGGAAGUGGGAUGACAUCCUUGUUAAUGGAGUCUGUGUAUCCACGUGAACAGAUUAAUCAGUUGACUUCGUACAUCGAUGCAUCCAAUGUCUACGGGAGUUCAGAUCAGGAAGCUGAAGAAAUACGUGACUUGGCCAGUCAACGAGGCCUGUUAAAGCAAGGGAUAGCGCAUCGAUUAGGGAAACCACUUUUGCCAUUUGCUACUGGUCCGCCAACUGAAUGUAUGAGAGAUGAAAAUGAAAGUCCCAUUCCUUGUUUCUUGGCAGGGGAUCAGCGUUCCAACGAACACAUGGGUUUAACGAGUAUGCACACAGUCUGGUUCAGGGAGCACAAUCGAAUCGCCACCGAGCUCCUCAAAUUAAAUCCGCAUUGGGACGGUGAAACAAUCUAUCAUGAAUCACGUAAAAUCGUGGGUGCCCAAAUGCAGCACAUAACCUACAGCCAUUGGCUACCUAAAAUCCUUGGUGACAUUGGAAUGAAGAAGAUUGGGGAUUACAAAGGCUAUGAUCCGAAUGUUAAUUCAGGAAUAGUGAAUGUAUUUGCCACUGCAGCUUUUCGGUUUGGACACUCAUUGAUCAACCCUAUCCUUUACCGCCUGGACGAUACAUUUCAACCCAUUCCUCAAGGACACCUUCCUCUUCACAAAGCGUUCUUCUCUCCCUUCAGGAUAGUGAAUGAGGGUGGCAUUGACCCUUUGCUGCGAGGUUUGUUUGCUGUACCAGGGAAAAUGCGAAUUCCAACAGAACUGGUCAAUACAGAACUGACUGAACGACUGUUUUCCAUGGCACAUGCAGUGGCACUGGAUCUAGCUUCCAUGAACAUUCAAAGAGGCAGAGAUCAUGGAAUACCUCCAUACAAUGAUUACAGAGUGUACUGCAAUCUAAGCUCAGCUCAUGAAUUUGAGGAUCUGAAAAAUGAAAUUAAGAACCCACAAAUUAGGGAGAAACUCAUGAACUUAUAUGGUACACCAUUGAAUAUAGAUCUGUUUCCUGCAUUACUGGUGGAGGACUUGAUACCUGGAACGAGAUUAGGACCAACACUUCUGUGCUUGUUGGUUACACAGUUUAAACGCCUGAGAGAUGGCGAUAGGUUCUGGUAUGAGAGUCCUUGGGUGUUCUCUCCAGCCCAGCUGACUCAAAUCAAGCAGACUUCUUUUGCCCGUGUCCUUUGUGACAAUGGAGAUAACAUCACCAGGAUACAGCCUGAUGUGUUCAGAGUGGCAGAAUACCCUCAUGGUUACCAGAGCUGUGAUGAUAUACCAAAAAUGGAUUUGAGGAUGUGGCAAGAUUGUUGCGAAGACUGCAGAACCAGAGGGCAGUUCAAUGCGCUGUCACACCACUUCCGUGGCAGACGUUCACCUGAAUACAGCUUCCGGGAUGAGUCACCUUUCAGGAAAUUGAAAAACCUGACGCAUUCCAGUUCUUUGAUGAAUGCACUUCACAACGAAUCUGCCUCUGCAAAGGAUGAGGCUAGCUUGGACGAUUUCCAGGACUUUGUGUCUGAAAUACAGAAAACUAUCAAUGGUCUUCAGAAUCAGAUUAAAAAACUUGAAGGGCAACUGCGUAAAUCUGCAUGCAUUGAUGGACAGGCAAGAGAACGGUCUGACAAAGAAGAGUGGAAGGAGGACUCGUGCACCACCUGCAAAUGCAAGGCAGGACAGCUUACUUGUUUUGUUGAAACAUGUCCACCAGUCAGAUGUACUGAUCCUGUGAAGAUGGAGGGAGCAUGUUGCUCAGUCUGUGCAGGACAAACCAGCAAGCAAAAUGAACGGUCCUAAAGCCUCACUGCAGGACUGGAGGAGAUGGACUGGCCUUGUAGUUAUACAGUGAAUUGUGAUGUCUGGACGUCAGUGUGCUUUCAAAAACCUACCCACAAGCAUUCAGUCAGAAUUGCAAAGAAAGCGUCAAUUUGAAGAAAUCCCAAGAAAUAUUCAAAGAAACUGCUCAAAUGCAUGCUUCACUGAUUUUAAAUCAACAACAUUUUAUAUGCACGUAUCAUGUGUGUUUAUCAAAGAAAACCACAAUGCAAAAGCAUUGAAAGGGAAGUAGUGUGUUGUAUGACAGGGUGAUUUCAGUUUGUCUGUCAAUGUUUUCCUGGUGAGAAGCUUCUCAGGUUAGAAAUGCCAAAAUGAAAAUUGGUGCUAUAUGUAAUUUCUUGUAUAAAACGCUAUAGUGAAUAAGGAGGAGAUAAUGUACCGUAACGUUUCCAAACUACUUUAUUUGUUUAAAGGCAAAAACUAUCUCAAGAACUUCUCUAGCUCAUCGUAUAUAUGUUUUAUGUGCAGGUUUUUGUUUUGAAUGGGUGUGAGACAAUGUUUUGGAGGAGAGAAAGAAACAUUAAAGCAGUGGUUUUACAUAUUUCAUUAUGUUCUCGAGCCCCAGGUAUUUUGCGUGCUUAAAUUCUAAAGGCCCAGAUCUUCUGGUCUCCAAACAGUUAGCGUUUGGACAUACCCUGAAAUCUGUAGACUGAUAUUAUGACCACCCCCGACGCCUGCCCCAUUUGGCCCUGACCAUUCGACACACCUCACCCUUCCAGAUCACCCUCAACUCAUCCUCUGAAUGCCUCGCUGACCCUGAAACUACACCCCAUCCCACCCCCACCCCCAACACCGACCAUCCCGCUUCCCACUCCCCAACACUCUGACUGUGUGGGUAAUCGUUUGUCUGGUCAGUGUCAGAUAAAGGGGUUCUAACACUGGCUGGAAGAAUUUGGGCCAAAGUAAUUUCAGUCUCCCAGGUGUUGAGACGUGUAUGUAGGCUCAUACUUUAGUUACUAAUGUGAAGUUGUUACUCGUACUUGUUUGGACGUUUGAUAAAUAGAUGCCUACUAAUUUGCAGAUUGGUGUACAUACUACAUUGAAAAAUUGCCCAUGUUGUUUCACUAAUUGGCGCUAUAUAUCAGCGUUUUUAUACAAUGAGUGCAAAUCAUUUGUCAAUCUAUCAGAGCAUUUAAAAGAUACCUGAUUUUUUUGAGCAUCUUUGUGGCCUGGCUACUGAAUUUUCAACUCCAACCAUUACACCUUAUUGGAUUUAUGGCAUUUUGCACUUCUGAAUUUUUUUCUUGAAUUACUGUUUUUAUAUACUAGCAGAUGUUUUUUACAUUGUAAUAAUUUGUUAUUGUAAACAAACAUAAGAAAUGGUGGGGGUGGGGAAGGAGGGAGAUCCACAAGAGGGGUUUCUUGCUCCCGAAUUAUCCGUUGAAAAGCUAUACUAACCAGUGAAACAGUAUUAAAUGUCAUUUAACAUUUCUAACCAUUGGUUCUUUAUUGUUGGGAAUAUUUUCUUAUUUAUUUACUCAGAUGUUAAUUGGUCACUUUUAACCAUCAAUGAAGGACAUUGAAUAGCUUUUUUUAUCGAAAAAUCAUACCUCAACCUUUCAUUUAUGGUGCUAUUUGAUUUUAAGGCAACAUUCCCAUGUUACUUCUUUAAAAAAAAACAUAUUUGUUACAUGCCGACCUCUUUACAAAUCCAUGUUUUUUAACUUCCACAAAAGAUUUCGGGUAAAAAAACAUCAGUGCAUCACAACAGGAACAAGACCUCUCGUGCUUUUUAAAUUCAUUUUUAAGUACAUUCUUGCAAAAAUGAUGAGAUGCCAACUAUUUACAAAAGAAGUUGGGCUUUGAAAUAUUCAACCUAAUAAUACUGACCGUCUUACUUUCAGGGGUUCUAGGAUAUAAAGGAUCAAGUUUGUUUAUUGAAAUUUAUUUAAGUAUCUGCUCUGCUUAUUUUUUAUGUAACGUCAUCUAGGUUUCAUUCUUUGUUUGCAUGUCCUUUUUAUUUUUGUCUUGAGCAUGCGAACAGCAGGCAAAGGUACAUUGAACCAUAGGGCCUCUGUCUUUGUCGAGUGAUUCGCUGUAGGUUCUGACACCAGUAAGUGGGUUGUUUUGCCAGAACAAUAUGAGGCAAUUCCACUGCUUUGCUUCGCAUUUUUUCUCUCUCCUAACAGCAGUGCUGGUGUAGUUUUUCAUACUGACCGUUGUCGUCUUUGGAUUUGUACACAUUGUUCAAGACCAAGUGUCUUAAUAGCCAUACUGCUUUAAUAAGACAGAACAGGAACAUAGCGUAAAACAAUAAAUUUACCAAAGAAAUGUUUGCACUGUGUAAUGCAUUUGUAUGAACCAAAUUAAACGGACCACAUUAUCUGAAA